CGGGUUCCGGUGACACCAAAACACAAACGUGUUACACUUCCUUCAAGUAGCAGCAGAGGAAAACAUUGAUAUUUUUGUGAUAUAUCAACGUCUUUGAUACAUUUAAGCAAAAUGACUCAUACAAAUAUAGCCACUUAAACCUCCUAUAUAAGGCUUUCGUUUUAAAGUUCGUUAUUUACUAUCUGUACAGGAAACAGCUGUUCGACGAGGUUUCGUCAGCUUUUUUCGGUUUCUGAAUUAGAAUUUUCUAGGAAGCUAAUACUGAAAUUGUCAAUAUGGUGUUAGCAGAUCUUGGACGGAAGAUUACUUCUGCUUUAAAAUCUCUCAGCAAUGCUACCAUUAUCAACGAAGAGGUUCUUAAUGAAAUGCUCAAAGAGAUCUGUAAAGCUCUCUUGGAAGCAGACGUGAACAUCAAACUUGUAAAACAGCUGCGAGAGAAUGUGCGAUCUGUGAUAGACUUUGAUGAAAUGGCUGGAGGUCUGAAUAAGCGCAGGAUGAUUCAGUCUGCUGUCUUCAAAGAGUUGGUGAAGCUGAUUGAUCCUGGUAUAAAGGCCUGGCAGCCAAUGAAGGGCAAAAAUAAUGUUAUCAUGUUUGUUGGUCUCCAGGGGAGUGGCAAAACAACAACAUGUACCAAGAUGGCAUACUAUUACCAAAAGAAAGGCUGGAAAACUUGUCUGAUUUGUGCCGACACAUUCCGUGCUGGAGCUUUUGAUCAGUUAAAACAGAAUGCUACAAAAGCCAGGAUUCCCUUCUAUGGAAGUUAUGCAGAGAUGGAUCCAGUUGUGAUUGCCCAGGAAGGUGUUGAGAAAUUCCGUAAUGAAAAUUUUGAAGUCAUUAUUGUUGACACAAGUGGUCGACACAAACAAGAGGACUCUCUAUUUGAGGAAAUGUUGCAGGUCAACAAUGCAGUUGACCCCGACAACGUAGUAUUCGUGAUGGACGCUACUAUAGGACAGGCUUGUGAAUCCCAGGCCAGAGCCUUCAAGGAGAAGGUUGACGUUGCCUCUGUCAUCAUCACAAAGUUAGACGGCCAUGCUAAAGGUGGUGGGGCACUCAGCGCGGUUGCAGCUACAAAAAGUCCUGUCAUCUUCAUAGGGACAGGAGAACACACAGACGACUUUGAACCCUUUAAGGUUCAACCGUUUAUCAGCAAACUCCUAGGAAUGGGAGAUAUUGAGGGGCUGAUUGACAAAGUCAAUGAACUCAAACUGGAUGACAAUGAGGAGUUGAUGAAGAAACUAAAGCAAGGUCAAUUCACUCUGAGAGACAUGUAUGAACAGUUCCAGAACAUCAUGAAAAUGGGGCCAUUCAGCCAAAUAAUGGGGAUGAUACCCGGGUUCAGCUCUGACUUCCUCACCAAGGGCGGGGAACAGGAGUCCAUGGCCCGUCUCAAGAAACUCAUGACAAUCAUGGACAGCAUGAACGAUGCAGAGCUUGACAGUUUGGAGGGGGAACGGUUGUUUGCCAAGCAGACGGGGCGUGCCCUGCGCGUAGCACGAGGAGCGGGAGUCUCCAUUAGGGAGGUCAACGAACUGCUCACCCAGUACAAAAAGUUUGCACAAAUGGUGAAGAAAAUGGGUGGAAUCAAGGGCCUGUUCAAAGGUAAAGGAGGCGACAUGAGUAAAAAUGUGAACCCCGCCCAGAUGACAAAGAUCAAUCAACAAAUGGCCAAGAUGAUGGAUCCUCGAGUCCUGCAACAGAUGGGAGGCAUGCAGGGUAUACAGAACAUGAUGAGACAGUUCCAACAAGGAGCACAGGGCAAGUUUGGAGGCGGUGGAAACAUGUUUAACGGGUUCGGCGAUAGAUAGUGAAGAAAUGGAAACAGUGAUAUAAAGUUUGAUCAGACUUAAGUACCAUGUGAGGAAACAUGUCUGUCAGACUGUGUUCCCUUUAUAAACGUUAGUAGUACACGUUUUGUCGAUUACGAGGGGCCUCCUCAUGUUUAUACCAAAAUCAGAGUUGUAUUCGAAUUCAAAUAAAUCUUUGUACAUUCUCUGUGGGGCUAUUCAAGGAUUUGCAUAUAUAUCAAGAGGUGAAGGCAGGGAGGCACUCUCUCCCACCUCUUCAAGACACACAUAUUUUAUGUGAGACAACUUUUCUAUACAAGACACACAUAUUUUAUGUGAGACAACUUUAUACAACAUCUGUGCACCUGGUUGCUACAUUGAAGAAUAUCUACAGCCAGAACAGACAGAAACCAACACAGUCGUCAUCUGUGUGAGGAAUACAUGACGGCAGGUAUCUACAGCCAGUCCAGACAGAAACCAACACAGUUGUCAUCUUUGUGAGAAAUACAUGAAGGCAGGAUAGACAGCAGAUAACAUCACCAUUUGGAAAUAAAUAAUUAUUGAGGAACUUGCUGCAAAUUUAAUGUUUACUGCUUUAAUUUUUAGUAUCUUUCCCUUCCUCACCAACUAUGUUCUUGAUUGAUUGAUAUGAAAUCUGCUGUAUUGUUGUAUUUCCAAUGAUGGUGCCAAUCAUCAUAAAAGCAAAGACAUUCUACUUUCACAUUAAGAAAUUGUGGUCAGAUCUUGGCAUGCCUCCAAUAAUGAUUAAUUGAUAAAUGGGUGAUGGUAUGAUAAGAAAAAUUGGUAACAUGUAUGUAGUGGACCACAGGGUUUAGGUGGUCACAGCACAGUGCCUCCCCGUUUUCCAGGCCCUCCAUGCAAUUGUUUCGGGAAAAGCUCAGAUAAUAUAUAAUAGUAACAUGAUGGUUGAUAUAGACAAUAGACGUUUUAUGUUGAUUGAGCUAUAUUAGGUUAUUAUACCAAUAUAUUGCCAAUUCUUUGUGGCGAAGAAAGGUUCAGGAAUUCAUAUUUAUUAAAGUACAUAAUGUACUCUUUAAUCUUAAUCUGAUUACUACUAGUUUUUAUAAUGAUGAUGAUGAUGAUGAUGAUGAUGAUGAUGGUGGCAACAGAUAUUGAGAAUCUGCUACAUUUGUAAAAUAAAUUUGUUCAAGAAAUUAA